UGUUUACCGAAACACCAUCGAAGUACUGGAUCCAGAAGUGGACUUGUUGUAGGCAGGAAGAGGACUUUCCUCAACGAAUUGUAGUGAAAUUAUGUUGCAAAGGUGACCAACCGUUCCGUAGAUGGAGCUAAAUGAAGAUACUGUUAAUUUGCGAUGUGCACGGACAUGCUUGUGUGUUCUCUGCGGCUUGCCUGCAGCAGGAAAGUCGACGCUUGCACGGGCGGUCAACUCUCACACUGUAGAACGAGGGUGGAGGUCCGCUGUCAUUUCUUAUGAUGACUUGAUUCCCGAUGACGCUUUCAACGUGAAAGAGGUCGAGGAUGAAGAGGAUAUGACGCGCCCGCAGACGCAAACUAAAUGGAAGUUGCACAGACAAGCAGUGCUACAGUGCGUCGAACAGUUCCUACAGAGUCCCACAGAGCUGGGACAGCUAACCCCAAACGCCUACCAGAUCGACAGCGAUGCCUGGCGUCGUCUCCUUCACGCCGCUCAGGUCUACGGGACGUCAGUGGGCUCUUCUCAGGCUUACCCUUCACCUUUAGAAGGACCACCUCCUCCACCACUCGUCAUUCUACUGGACGACAACUUCUACUAUCCAAGCAUGAGAUAUGAGGUGUACCAACUGGCCAGGAAACACUCUGUGGGAUUCUGUCAGGUGUACGUUCAGUGUCCUGUGGAGGCCUGCGUCAGGAGAAACCAGCUGAGGCCCCAGCCCUUACCCAGUGACGUUAUAGUAGAGAUGGCCAAGCGCAUGGAGCCUCCGAACCCUCUGAGAAACCCAUGGGAGCAGAACAGUGUCACUCUGGACAGCAAAGACCACUUCACCAUAGAAUACAUCCAAAGGUUGGUGAAGGUGAUCUCUAUGGCGUUGGAGAACCCAUUGAGUCCAGUCCAGGACAACACUGAGCAAAAGGAGGUUGACCGUCAGAGCUGUGUGUCCAGUGUGAUCCACCAGGCUGACCAGGCCUGCAGACGCCUGGUCUCACAGGCCAUGCGGGGGGCCAGAGAUCAUAAACUUCCCCCAGAGAGGAUGAGGUCUCUGGCAGCCGAGUUCAAUGAAUCCAAAACCAGAUUUAUCCAGGACCUGCGGAAACAAGUUCUCCACAGCCUUCCCCUAACCCAGGGAGAGAGCAUCGAGGUGGAGCAGGUUGUGAACCGAGCCGUGGACGUCUUCCACAAAGAGAAACAGGAAAUCAUUGCAAGAUUCCUUCCUCCUUAUGACAGAAUAAAUGCAACAGAAAAUGAGGGAUAGAUGAUCGCCAUUAUGUAACUUUCAUUGAUUGUAUUGUCUCUUGUUCAAUUAUUUGUUUACAAAUGUGAAUAUGUUCUUGAAUGUAUCAUUUUCCUUGUAACCUUUUGAGUUGGAUAUAAAUGAAGACACCACACAGUCAGCUCCCUGAAAUAGUAUUUUAGGAUGUAAAUAAAUAAAAGCAGAGCUUUUGGUGAAGAUGAA